AAAAGAAGAAGAUAUCUGAGGCGUUACCUAGAUACCGAAAUACUUUCACUCGCAUCCAGGAAGCACGCUAUGCUCAGCGGUGAUUAAGACUUGAAGUUAUAAAAGGUUGAUGCUCUCGAGAAUUGCAUUCGAUUCGUUUUGCGGAUAGCUGAAACAACAGAACAAUAAUAGAGGAACGUUAAAUAACUAAAGACUUUUUUGAAAGCUGAAAGAUAUUUUUUCCCGAAAAGCUUAAAGGAAACCAAAACCACACUCCGAAGGAUUUAAACAAAACAAAAGAGAAUGCGACUGUCGAUUGUGGUGGCUACAAUAGUCCCAUUGUUGCUUGUAUUCGACGACAAUGUAUUGUCACCAGUGGGCGCAGCAAGGCGGCAAAAGCGAUUGCAACUUUUGAAACCACAACACCACAAACAUACGAGUACUUACGGCCGUAGCAGCGGCAACAGUAAUAUCGAGGCACAUGCGCGCUCUGCGGAUACCCUCGACGCUCCCGUUGCGGCCGCCUCCGAUAGCGAGCAACAGAAUGGCGAUAGUGGACGCGGUUUCAUGGCGAAAUGGAUGAUGUUCAAGAGCAUGUUGCAACCAUCACAACCGCCACCUUCCAACAAUAUUAUCAUUUUGUCAGAACCCACAUACACUUUUACAACACCCACCACAACAACCAUAACAUCGCCAACAUACACUUACACAACGCCCACUACUUCAACGGCGACGAAUUCGACGCGCGGCCAAUUCACACACAUCGUUUACGCCCGCCAGGAUAACGGCGGUGCUCACGAAGACGGUGUGAGGGUGGACUCGCCUGACGCCGACGCGCCGGUUGCGCCCACAAUGACUAAUGCACCGCAAUUGACUGCCACCAAUGCAGGCAUCCCAUUGUUUAUGGGCACAAAGCCGGGUAUGACUAAUCAAAUUCCAAUGAUUGGACAAUUCCCACGUCCAGCGCCGCAACGUAGGCGCAACAACAACAAUCGUAGUCAGUUGAAUCAAACUGUACGCAGACGUCGCAUACAAGCACAGCGAAAUGGCGAACGGAACAAUCCAGUCAAUAAUUACAACAAAAGACGACGACGCUUACCGGUAGUGCAAGGCGAUGGCGGUAAGCCACUGCAGCAACGGCCCAAACGUCGAAAGGUUGUGCAAAUACCUAAUCAAAUUCGUAAAGUGAAUAGAAAGGGCAAUUCCGGUGAUAGCGUGGUCAUCGUCAACAAGGUGGAUCAGGUUGGUGUUGGCGGCGGCAAUAAAUUUGACACGAACUCACGUCUGCAGCAUUUCAUGAAUCACCUCCGGCAUCCGCAGUUGCCGAUUGUCCAGAAUCAUCACUGAUGUUACCCGCACUGCCCAGUGCCAAUUGCUUUCCUCUCUGCAAUUGCUGCUAUUGUUGCUUGAUUGAUAUUUCUCGGCUGAGUGAUGGUGUUAAGUAAGUUAAGUUAGCAAUAAUGGCAGACCAUAUUGGCAUUUGUGCGAGUAUUCGAAAUGUCACACGCAGCAACCCUGUGCGUUUUCGUUCUACAAUCGAAUUAUGUGCUCAUUUGAAUGUAUUCUAAUGUAUUGUAGUGAUAAAUUGAAAUUUCUGACUCAUUUACACAGUUUCAAAGCAGUCAUUCAAAAUCUAAAAAUAAUUCUUAGACUACUAUUUACAUCCCUUGUGGUGCUAAAUUUAUAAAUACAUAUACUGAAGGCUUAAUAAUUAUCCACCGAGCUCGCUCAUUCUUAUAUUUUAUUUGUCUUGUUUAAUCGUCGACAAGGCCAAUAAACUUGUCAAAUUAUGA